GGCGGGGUCUAGCUUUCCUUUUUCCUCCAUCUUGGAGCCUGUGGAGGGCCUGCUGGGAACAGGACUUCUAAAAGGCAAAUAUGUCUGGAAGGCUAUGGUGCAAGGCCAUUUUUGCUGGCUAUAAGCGGGGUCUCCGGAACCAAAGGGAGCACACGGCUCUUCUUAAAAUUGAAGGCGUUUAUGCCCGAGAUGAAACCGAAUUCUACUUGGGCAAGAGAUGUGCUUAUGUGUACAAAGCAAAAAACAACACAGUGACUCCUGGUGGCAAACCAAACAAAACCAGAGUGAUCUGGGGAAAGGUAACUCGUGCCCAUGGAAACAGUGGCAUGGUUCGGGCCAAGUUUCGAAGCAACCUUCCUGCUAAGGCUAUUGGACACAGGAUCCGUGUGAUGCUGUACCCCUCAAGGAUUUAAACUAAAGAAAAGUAAAUAAAGUGAAUUUGUGCUCUUCUGUUUUUUAAGUGGUCUUAAAAAACUU